AUGACUUUCAAUUUAACCACUGCCGCACGCCGAACCCGGAGUCUGAUCUCUGCCUCAUCUCAAUCAAGCUCAGGCUCGCCUACGAUAUGUCCAGCUUAUCAUCAUAGGUCAAGCUUCAUCCGAGCCAAAUACGCUUCAUCAGUCUCACAAUCACCAUCACCAUCUUUUGAGCUGCCCAAGACGGAGCGGGAGGUGACGGACAUGUUAGCAAAGGCGGGCUCGGAUGAAGAGCGCAAGAAGAUCUUCGAAAGAUUACUCGGCGUCCAUGAGGUAGCCACCAAGGUACCCCCCAAGGCCCGUGGGCCAUCAGGGGUCCAUCUGAUCCCGAUCGGACGAACGAAAUUAACGACCAACCAGACCGGGGUGGAUGUACACCAUUCUCCCUUCGAGUCCUUAUCCCAAACCUACCAGGACACGCUCAAGGCCCUCGAAAACAUCCCAGGCUCAACCGUCUACCGUCAAGCCGUACACUCAACCACUCGCAAAAACUUGGAUAUCAUCAAGAAAUUCGUCUCGGCUGCUGUCCCUGGUGAAAACGCUAGCGCCGUCGAGGAUCGCGUCCGAGCUGCUGAAAAUGAACUCGGUGUCGAAAUGAUCGAAAAGGCGAUCGAACAGGCUGAAGAUGAACAUCAACUCGUCUUGAAAAUGAUUGAAUAUAAGGCUUGGGAAGAGUUGGAAGAAAAACCGGCUCCUGGUCAAUGGGAUUACUUUGAGAUUCCUGCAUCCACAUCGUAUCCUAAAAACUGA